AUGGAGAUUUAUCAGGGGCGACACAUUGUUCUCGCACGCCACCGAAGCGACAAGGCGAAGCUCGUCAAUAUUCAACAGCUUGAGCAGACUUCGGCGACCAAGACCGUGGCGGAUACCAUAAAUCAUCUCUCUCACCGCAGCUUCCCCCGUCUGUUGGAAUGUUACCAGCAGGGAGAUCAUGCCUUUUUAGUAUGGGAGCCAGUAGAGCUCUCGGUGCUGGGCGGGAUCCGACAUUUACGCGAUCGCGGAAGGGCGCUGGCCACUCUGGAUGCUGACAAGAUAUUGCUCACGGACUUGGGCGAGGUUAAAAUUGCGGGGGUGGAGCAUUGUCAAAUCAGUGCGUCGGAGAUGAACGCUGCGACCCUGAAGCUAGUCGCAUUGGCCGAAAUUGUCCGGAGACUGUUGAAGAAAAAUGGCCCUUGUUAUGUAUGGGGCUCUGAGGCCAAGAGCCUGCCGCAGAAGUUAACGACUCUGACAACCGAUUCGAUAGACGAGUUUUUGCGGGGCGGGAUUUUUACUGCGCCGGGCGCGGAAGGCGAGUUGAGGAUGCUGGUAAAUGUGGCCAACAAGACUGCUCGGCACAAAUACGAGUUCAAAGCACCCGGAUAA